AUGACCGAGGAAAAAGCUCGAACUCCGGCAGCGCGGCUGCGCCAGCUGAUGCGCAACCAAGACAUCGUUGUGGCGCCCGGAGUUUUCGACGGCAUCAGCGCACGCAUGGCGCUGGCAGCGGGCCAUCAUGCGCUGUACCAGACUGGAGCAGGCACCUCGGCAUCGCGACUGGCUCGUGCUGACCUGGGAUUCCUCGGCAUGUCGGACAUGGUCGGUGCAGCGGGCGUGUCGAUCAUGGCAGAUCCGACCAUGACGACGCCCGUGAUCGCCGAUGCAGAUACCGGCUUCGGUGGCGCACCCCAAGUCGCUCGGACGGUGCAAGAGUACCAUCGAGCUGGUAUUGCGGCGCUGCACAUUGAGGAUCAGGUGCAGUCGAAACGAUGCGGCCAUCUGGACUCCAAGCAGGUCGUCUCGCGCGAGGAGUUCAUCUCUCGGAUUCGAGCAGCCGUGCACGCACGGGACUCGCUGCCCUGCGCACCCGAAGACCGCAUCCUCAUCAUCGCUCGUACAGACGCUCUGGCCGUCGGAGGCUUUGAUGAGGCAAUGGACCGUCUCUCCCUCGCCCGAGAUGCUGGGGCCGAUAUCGGCUUCCUCGAAGGCAUGAAUUCCAGCUUACAGGCCUCCACAGCUAUCCGCGAACUUCGCGGCUGGCCUCUGAUGGCGAACUGCGUCACGGGCGGGAAAUCGCCCCUAUGGACGGUUGAGCAAGUCCGGCUCAUCGGGUUCAAAAUCGCCAUCUUUCCAUGCGCCGGCAUCUUCCCAGCUGCAAAGGCGCUCCUCGCAUCCUACUCGCACCUCACCGAGCACGGAAUCGGCAUCGAAGCCCAGCUCGAGCCGAGCAAAAGCACCGUCAACCUGGGAGGCGCAGACCCCGCAGGACUCCGAAACUUCUUUGCCAGCAUGGGCCUCGACCACGAAGUCGCAAUCGACCAGCUCGCCGCAGGCGGAACUGGUCUUGGCAACGUUUGA